AGCAAGCUCGCUGACAGUUUCAGAGUUCUGGCACGGCCGAUGCGCCCGCACACCGCCGCCGCGCGACGCCGUGGUAUACAUUACGAUGUUCUGGAGCUGCUUCUAAGAUUUUCAGAACUUCUAUGGAGUCCUACGGCAACGGUCCGGACUAGCAGCCAUUACAAGGGAGUUCCAAUGCACGCACAUUACGCGGUAUCACGUGGACACGACCAUCACGAGCUGGAGCAGCAACUAAGAUCAUCAGACAUUCCUCACUUCAAAGAGGUUAUCAUCAUGGCGACCUCCUGCGACUACUGCGGGCACAGAACUAACGAGGUGAAGUCUGGCGGCGGCGUGGAGGAGAAGGGCGUCAGGAUCGAGGUGCGCGUGGCCGGACCGCAGGACUUCUCGCGGGACCUGCUCAAGUCGGAGACGUGCAGCAUGGAGAUCCCGGAGCUGGAGCUGGAGGUGGGCGGGCGCGCGCUGGGGGGGCGCUUCUCCACCGCGGAGGGCGCGCUGGCGGCCACGCGCGACCAGCUGCGCGCCUGCCCCGGCCUGCUGGGCGACGCGCCCGGCCUCAACCCGCGCGCCCUGCGGGAGUUCACAGAGAAGCUAGACGCGGUCCUCCGCGGUGAGUUCCCCGUCACCAUCAUCCUGGACGACCCCGCGGGGAACUCGUACGCGCAGAGCCUCGCCGAUGACCCCGAGGAGCCCGAUGAUGGUCUCAAAAUAACGUUCUACGAGCGAACAUUCGAACAGAACGAAGAGCUCGGACUCAACGACAUGCAGACUGAGAACUACAAGACCGACGAACACGAGCAACACGACGCCUCCGACAAGUCCGAGCAACACGAGCAGUCCGACAAGUCCGACCAACCCGACAGAUAGCCGAGUUACCAACAGCCAGAGAAACGACGCUCAAUAUACAGACAACGUGUCCAUACAUACUUGUAACUUAUGAUAGUUUUAUAUCUAUACAAAAGUUUGUAAAUUGUCAGCGAUGAUUCCACAAUUAUUGCUGUCAAUUGCUCCGUGUUUGCUUUUGCAAGAUACUUAAUAAAGUUGUUGCCUGUUGUUAAAAUUGUUUAUUUAUGAUGUACAAAGUGCUGCUAUGAAAUAUAAAUGAUACAAUGAAAAAAUUGAAACCGCACACAGGCUCGAACUGGCGACUCCUGGCUGCCAUACGCUCUACUAACUUAGCUACCGGGGUCAAAGACCAAGAGUUUUAAUUUCUUCAUUAUAUCAAAUAAGAUAAUUGUAUAAAACACUUUAUGCCUACUGUCACCGGUUUUUUUUUUUUUUUUUUUUAAACAUUUAAAUUUCAUAUAAUCUAAAAUGUACACGUAUAAAAAAGUAAUUCAACCUUAAGUUGCAGUUAAGUGUCUUGCUGUUUACCACUUCAAGGUGUAAAGUUUUAGUUCUAUGUAUAUUAUGUAAUUCUGCCAUUGGAAAGCUUAUUGUGAAUAGUGAAAUAUUGUGGUGAUAUUCAAUGUUUAAUGUUAAUAUUUGUACUUUAUUAGAACAUUACUAUAAAAUCGUUAUCGACACACCGA